AACAAAUCGACGUUGCAGCCGCACUAACUGAAUACAUUCAGUUUAUUUACACUUUGAACAUGCCAAAAGUAAAAACAGAAAAGAAAAGUCGCAUACACAAUGAGGUGCAGAAGCAAGGCAUUGUCUUCAACAAGGAUUUUGGACAGCACAUAUUAAAGAAUCCCUUGGUCAUAACUACGAUGCUGGAGAAAGCUGCACUGCGAGCCACAGAUGUGGUGCUGGAAAUCGGUCCCGGCACGGGCAACAUGACUGUGCGCAUGCUGGAGCGUGCGAAAAAGGUUAUUGCCUGCGAAAUUGACACACGUCUUGCCGCGGAGCUGCAGAAGCGUGUACAGGCGACACCUCUGCAGCCGAAACUACAGGUGCUAAUCGGAGAUUUUUUGAAGGCAGAUCUGCCAUUCUUCGAUCUGUGCAUAGCCAACGUACCUUACCAGAUUAGUUCGCCAUUAAUCUUCAAAUUGUUGCUUCAUCGUCCGCUGUUUCGCUGCGCGGUACUGAUGUUCCAGCGUGAAUUUGCUCAACGUCUGGUGGCCAAGCCGGGCGACAAGCUCUACUGCCGUUUGAGCAUCAAUACACAGUUGUUGGCACGUGUGGACAUGUUAAUGAAGGUGGGAAAAAAUAAUUUCAAGCCGCCGCCCAAGGUGGAGUCGAGUGUGGUGCGUCUGGAGCCAAAGAAUCCACCACCGCCCGUUAAUUUUACCGAAUGGGAUGGCCUAACCCGCAUCGCAUUUUUGCGCAAAAACAAAACGCUAGCGGCAACCUUCAAAGUGAACUCUGUGAUUGAAAUGCUGGAGAAGAACUACAAAUUGUAUCGUUCGUUAAGGAAUGAGCAAGUUGAGGAGAACUUUAACAUGCAGGAGAAGGUCAUGAGCAUACUGGAGGAACAGGGCGUAAGUGGCUCACGGGCCAGAUCUAUGGACAUUGAUGAGUUUAUGCGCCUCUUGUUGGCUUUCAAUUCGGCUGGCAUACAUUUCAACUGAUGCGAAAGUGCUUUUAACUCACACAUAAGAUCUGAUUGGGACCUUAGGCUCAAUGCAUGGUAAAGGCAUUAUGACUCGUAACACGACAGCUCCG